UUCGUCGGGAACGUGUUUCGCCUCCGCGUGUCCGCAGCCGUGUUUUGUUUCGCCGUUUUACGUUUAUAGUGCGUCCAAUAAUAUAAUAUCCUCUAGUUUUUCAGUGAGUAAAUGUCAAAGUGUGUAUCUACAUGUAAUACACGAAGUUCGCGCGCACGCGUCCCUUCUGACUCGCAACAUGGAUUACGGUAGUGCAGUUACAGUGUAGUGAACGUGUUUUUAACAUAAUGCCCAGGUGAUACUGUGGAUCACCUCGCGCACAAUGAUAUGGCGCGUUGUGAUAUGGUGCUCAGUGGUGUCGGCGUUGGUCGGCCGGUCGCGUUGUGCCGCCGGCGGUGACGCCGAUAAUGCUAGAGUGCAAUUUGAAGUUCUGGAGGGUCAACCGAAGGGAACGUUCGUUGGACGAAUACCCGUGAGACCGGGGUUUAUGUAUAGGUUUAACGAGCCAUCCGACGAGUUCUCGUUGAACGGCACUACUGGUGAGAUAACCACCGUUCAGAAACUGGACAGAGAAUCUCUGCGGAACGAUAGAUACGACCUGAUAGUAUUGUCCAGUCAGCCCACCUACCCCAUCGAGGUAAGAAUUUUGGUCAUCGAUGUCAAUGACAACGCUCCUCAAUUCCCGGAACCCGUUAUUUCGGUGUCGUUUCCGGAAAGUGCGGCUCCAGACAAUAAGGUGCUUCUGGAUACGGCCUCCGAUAGGGACUCGGGUGUCAACGGCGUGUCAUCCGACUACAGAAUAGUGCUAGGCAACGUAGAUGAUAAAUUUCGAUUGGACGUAACGACAAACCCGGGAGGCGAUCUCUCUUACUUGUACUUGCAAACAACCGGAAAAUUAGACCGCGAGACCGUGCCUUUUUACCAACUCAAUAUAUCGGUUCGCGACGGUGGCAUACCUACUCGGUAUGGAUAUCAAACGGUCAACGUGACUAUAUUGGACGUAAACGAUAACCCGCCCGUUUUCGCACUAACCGACUAUAGUGCUUGGCUAAACGAGAGUGCUCCGCCUGGUACGUUUGCCCUUCAGGUCACCGCCACGGACGCAGAUUUAGGAGACAACGGCCGAGUCACAUACUACUUACCGGAAACAACAGAGUCCGGGUUUCGCGUAGAUCCGGAAACGGGUGCCAUAUACACAACUGAAGUACCCGAUUGCCCGCAACAAAACUGUCCCCAUAUGCAAUCAAAAUCUACUUGUCCAAAGAGCUGUGUGUUUACCGUACACGCGAGGGACAAUGGUUCGCCUAGACAAGACGGCCGAGCGUACGUGACGAUCAGCUUGAUCGACGCUAACGACCACGACCCGGCCAUUAGGUUUCGUUAUUUUCCACCCACGGCAGCGUAUGCGACCGUCGACGAAAACGCCAUUAACGGGUCCGUGGUCGCCGCCGUGUCUGUGCUGGAUCCGGACGAGGGUUUAAACGGCGAGACAUUUGUAGAAAUCGUGUCAGGAAACGAAAUGAACCAUUUCCGCUUGGAAUCGUCACAGAGUUUUUACAUUGUUCGAGUGCAUGGCGUGCUGGACAGGGAACAGAUUAACAAAUACAAUCUGACCGUGUUGGCCAGUGACAAAGGGACCCCCGCCAGGACCACCACGGCAUACCUAUUGAUAUAUGUCAACGACAUUAACGAUCAUGAACCGGUAUUCGAAAAGAGUGAAUACUCGACCACGCUGAGUGAACUAUCGCCUGUAGGUACGUACGUGGCCAGCAUAACAGCCACGGACGAAGACACUGGUAUUAACGCACAGAUUUUUUAUUCGAUUGUUUCCGGAAAUUCUUUCGGUUGGUUUGAUAUCGAUCCAGACACCGGCUUGGUGACGCUUAAAGGAAGAUUAGACCGAGAAAAAAUGGGCACCGCCGAGUUAAAAAUUUCUGCCAGGGACGGCGGUCCAAACCCAAAGUGGGCUUUUACGCAGUUAAAAGUCAUAGUGUUGGACGAAAACGACGAACGACCUGAGUUUACGCAAGAAGUAAUUGCCGUAAAAAUAUUAGAAAACGUUCCUGAAAACACUUUGGUAGCAAUGUUAUCGGCUACCGAUCACGACCAAGGCACUAACGGCAGCGUUUCGUAUAGCUUACACCCUGAGGUCCUAUACAAGUACAAAGGCAUGUUCGUGAUAGAUUCGUUGACCGGACAAUUAAUUGUAAAAGCGCAACUAGACCGAGAAAAAAUGUCUGAAUAUAAAAUCAAAGUUUUGGCCAAGGACCAAGGAUUUCCACCAAAAUCGUCUACGGCUACUGUAUUACUCGACAUUUUGGACAUCAACGACAAUGAUCCGGUAUUUUAUCCACGACAAUACUUGGCAUACGUUAACGACCAUCAGCCGGUAGGUGCUAAGUUAUUGACUGUUUCGGCAUAUGAUAUCGAUGACGGAGACAACGCAGUCAUAGAAUACAAGUUAGUGAGUGGUGGCGAUUCUGGAUUUUUUUAUAUAGACGUUCAAGACGGUUCGAUUUAUCUAAAGGGUGGCAUUGACCUGUCAAAAUCAUUUUAUCGCUUAAAUGUUACAGCGACCGACAAGGAUGGUCACCGAGCGGCAGAAAACGCUGUCGUUGAAAUAAUAAAAAACUUAGAAGAAACUCUUAAAUUUGACUCGACUGAGGGCUAUUCAUUUCAGAUUUAUGAAGAUCACGGCGAGCGAGAAGAACUCACUUACAGCCGACUAGUUGGUCGAGUUCGGGUUAAAGAUGUCAAAAGCGAUAUAACUUAUUUCAUUUUGGACGGCGACAAUGGCAAUUUUAAUGUGGACAACAACGGCGCUCUGACGACAAGAAGAAAAAUUGAUAGGGAAACGAAGUCAUUCUAUAGUAUUUUCAUAGCUGCUAGAGCGGGACGAAAGUAUGGUACAACUUUUGUAAAUGUUACUAUAUUAGAUAUCAAUGAUAACGAACCUAAUUUCGUUACAAUUAUAGACGAGGUAGACUUAUAUGAAAACACGGCGGUCGGUCAAGAACUUUGUGUCGCUAGAGCUAAAGAUAAGGAUGUCGGCUUAAACAGUCAGGUGACUUAUCGAUUGGUAUCUAAUCCAAACGGUUUGUUUCGCAUCGCCGAAUCGUCCGGAAUAGUUUACUUACACAAGCCGAUCAACACAACACCCGGUACACUUUUAGCCGCUGAAAUAAUGGCCACCGACUCAGGCAAUCCUCCACUUAGCGCAAAACACGUUGUGCUCUUUACCGUACAAGAUGUUAACGAUCACACGCCCGUGUUCGAUCAAGUCUCAUACGAAUCUUCACUAUCUGAGUCGACGGCCGUUAACAGUCGAUUCUUUGGCUUAACUGCUGUUGACGGAGACUAUGGAUCGAAUGCUAGAUUGUCAUAUACUAUCGAGGAAGGUGAUUCGGAGGGCAAAUUCGGAAUAUUUCCGGAUGGUGUGCUGUAUAUUAAACACCGACUGGAUAGGGAAAAUCGAGAUUAUUACGCGUUGUCCGUUGUCGUACGAGACGGAGGCGUGCCAUCUCGUAGUUCGUCUGUAAUGGCCGUGGUACAUAUCACCGACGAAAAUGACAACAAACCGGAGUUCUCUAACACUACAUUUAAUUUCCAUAUUAACGAAAACGAAUUAGCCGGUACGUUUGUGGGCAAAAUAUCAGCUUCUGACCGGGACACGGGCAGAAAUGCCGAAUUGACGUACUCUUUGAUCAAUUGCAAGACAGACUUUUGGAUCGACUCGAAAAACGGGUUUAUCAGAACGCAGCGAGAAUUCGACAGAGAACAGCUAAUUCGAAUAACCGGACAAAACGUUAUCACGCUGGAGGUAAUUGUUUCGGACAACGGCAAGCACCCUCUACAUGACAAGACCAAGGUGAACGUAUAUGUGGACGACGUAAAUGACAACCAACCGCGGUUUUUCAGGCAACCGUACAGGGUGCAGGUGUCCGAAGGAUCUCCAGUGGGCACACACGUGUUACGAGUUUAUACGACGGAUGAGGACGAUGGUAAAAACGGCAUUGUUUAUUAUACAAUAGAAAAUCGAGGGGACGAACAUUUUCGCAUUGAUAAUAGCACCGGCAUGAUCACGAUCAAUUCGCAUUUAGACAGAGAAGUGUGUGAGUCUUACUUGUUGCGUGUCACCGCACAUGAUAAUGGCUCUCCCGUUCAACUCAACGCUUCGACUACGGUCACUGUAGAAGUGAUAGACGAUAACGAUAACCCCCCCAAAUUUGAAUCGCCUUUUUCUAGCGUGAAAAUAUACGAAAAUGCGACAAUCAACUCAGAACUGAUACGGUUUCACGCGACAGACCCCGACUUGGGCAUAAACGGUGAAGUUCGGUAUUCCAUUGUUUCGGGAAACCGAAGAGACACGUUCCAUGUCGACGCUAAAACUGGCGUACUUUAUUUGCAUAAACGAUUAGAUUACGAGGACAUCAGUUCUUACGCGUUGAAUAUUUCAGCCUACGACAACGGAAACCCCAGGCUGUCUUCCGCAUUGGCUUUUUACGUGACCGUUUUGGAUUGCAACGACAACCCACCACAAUUUCCAAGUACGGCUAUAGUACGGCAAAUCGUCGAAAACCUACCUAUCGGCACGUCCAUUGUCCACGUGGUCGCCGACGAUCCGGAUUCGGAUAUUAACGGACUGGUACACUACUCGAUUUCCAAUCAACAACCGGAUAACGACAGACGGAGUUUCGCGAUUAACGAAAAGACAGGAGUGAUCAGUACGGUGUUGCCUAUAGACCGAGAAUACGCUGAUACUUAUAAGUUAACCGUGACGGCGGUAGAUCAGGCCAUACCCGAAGAAACUAGGUUGACUGCUGAAAAGACUGUUACCAUAAUAGUCGACGAUGAGAACGACAACGCGCCCGUGUUCGUUUCAAUGGACACUGGAUUAAUACGAGCCAAACAUGGCGGGGCACAUAUCAUGUACGCCCUUGCUAGAGAUGCGGACUCCAGCACAAACGGACUAGUUACCUAUGAAAUGGUAGGAGGCGAUUCUGAGCUUUUUUCCAUUCAUCGAACCACUGGUGCUAUUAAUCUGCGCCGAGACCUGAUCAGGCCCGAUCGCUCAUACAGGCUGACAGUGCGAGCUACGGACGAGGCCGUACAGUCUGAUCGUAAGUCGACGGAUGCGUAUAUCACGUUGUUGAACUACGCAGACGGCGGUGAAACUUUUACAGACAUCAGGGACUACGAAGGAUCCGUGUACGAGAAUGAGCCAUUGGGAACCAGCGUGUUAAGGAUGGACCCGUUGCCCGGACAAAUUGAAUACUACGUUGUAAACGUGACAGGGCCAAAUGGACAGCAGGCGGAUCGAAUGUUCUCCGUAGACGUUAAAAUGGGCGUGCUUUACACAGCCGCGGUACUAGAUAGAGAGGGUGGCGCCGAACGGUACGUUGUGCACGUUUAUGCUACUAAAGCUGGAUCACUGACACCGAAAACCGGUCACAUUCAGAUAAAAGUGACGGUCUUAGACAAGAAUGACAACCGACCGGUAUGGCCUAGUAGUUUGUUGGAGUUCAAGAUAUCCGAAGAAAUACCUACUGGGUCGCUGGUAGCCACGCUGAAAGCCACUGAUCCUGAUCUAGACUCGUCUCUAACGUACUCGGUAAUUGGCGACGAUGACAAUAGCUCGCCGUUUGUCUUAGACGCAUACACUGGCAACGUCCGCAUACGCAAGUCCAUAGAUAGAGAGACCAGCCUCAGACACGUGCUUCCAGUACGGGUAUUUGAUGGGGUUCAUAACACCGACACGUCCGUCGUAUUCACUAUUCUCGAUACCAACGACAACGCUCCUGCUUUCACAAAGAGUGUCUACUCGGUUGAUGUAAGUGAAGCCGCAUCCCGGGGUACAAAGAUAGGUGACGUCUUAGCUAUAGACGAAGACGAGGGAGUGAACGGCAUGGUCACCUACUCGAUAAUAAGUGACUGGGCCAACGAUGUAUUCAAUAUUGACCCGCACACGGGAGCUUUCACUUUGACCGGAAAAUUAGAUUAUGAGGAUGUGCAACAUUAUAUUAUGGUUGUCCAAGCUCAAGACGGAGGAAAACCCAUACUAUCGUCAACAGUAACAGUGUACAUAAACGUUAUCGAUGAAAACGACAACAGUCCUAUGUUUGAGACAAACAGUUAUAGUGUUGUCGUUUACGAAAAUGUCACUGUCAACACGGUUGUAGCAACCGUAGUGGCAACAGAUCGUGACUCGAGAGUAAAUGGCAAAAUAAAGUAUUCAAUUCAAUCACUGGAUCAAGAAGACAAUGAUUUUACUAUCGAUCCGAACAAUGGCACUAUUUGGCCGCGUCGAAGUUUGAACCGUGAGAUCGUGGCAUCGUACAAUCUCAUGGUUGUGGCCAAGGACGGAGGACGCCCGGCGGCUUCCGAACUAUCAUCCACAGCUCAGUUGACAAUUACAAUCAAGGACGUUAACGAUUGUUCACCUCAGUGGAUGACUCCAAACACAACGGCAGUUAUGGAAAAUAUUGAAAUCGGCACUAUAGUUACUGUAUUGAAGGCUAUAGAUAACGAUGAAGACAAAAACGGCUUUGUUGAGUAUUGGAUUAAUGCGGGUGACGAUAAAACAUUUACAAUAGGAUCUGUUGAUGGGAUUUUGAGAGUAGCAAGUGCUUUGGACCGAGAAACCAAAUCUUCUUAUAAUUUAGAAAUAGGAGCUCGAGAUCGAGGUGAUCCUCCACUUAGUUCCCUGUUAAAACUAACCGUCAAUGUUUUGGACGAAAAUGACAAUAGUCCCAUAUUCGAACCAAGGCACUAUACCGCAACUGUACCAGAAAACGUGACCAUUGGGUAUACUGUAACACAGUUGUUUGCUACCGAUAAGGAUAUUGGACCGAAUUCUAGAAUACGGUAUACUAUUAUAAGUGGAGACGAAAACUUAGAUUUCAGCAUCGUAGAUGAUACUGGAUUAAUACGAGUCUCAAAGUAUCUCAACUACGAACGAAAAUCUCGCUACGUGUUAAAUAUAAAAGCAGAAGAUAGUCCAACUGGCGUAGAUAGCUUUAUUAAUUCCGAUGAAAUUACAGUUACAAUUAUUAUUCAAGAUAUAAAUGACAAUUAUCCUAUUUUCCCAGACUCUCCUUACGUCAUUAAUGUACUUGAAGAGUAUGUAGAUACUAACGCGAAAGAAUCUUCCAUAGCUGUAGUAAAAGCAACUGAUGCAGAUUCUGGUUACAAUGGCAGGAUAAGAUAUUUCUUGAAAGACACAGAAUACUUCUCCAUAGAUAGUGUAACUGGAAAUAUACGUUUAUUAAGAAGUCUUGACAGAGAAAGUCAACAUGAGCAUUUAAUUACGGUUGUAGCCAUGGAUUCAGGUAUGCCCCCACUAAGCGGUACUGGAUUUGUUCGAGUAAUAGUUCAAGACAUCAAUGACCACAGUCCACAAUUUCAACAGCAAAGCUAUGUAGCUUAUAUUGAUGAAAAUAGUCCAACCGGUUAUUCAAUAAUUCAAUUGACCGCAACAGAUCUAGACAUUGGCUUAAAUGCUAAAAUCAAGUAUAGUCUUUUGGGAGACAAAUACAACAAAUUUCAAAUAGACGAAGAUACAGGAAUACUCCGAACGUUAUCUAAUAUAGACAGGGAAGAGAAAUACGUUUACUACUUAACUGUGGUAGCACAAGAUUCAAGUUUAACAGAACCAAAAGCUUCAGCUGUAAAUUUAACUGUAUAUGCAAAAGAUAUUAACGACAACUAUCCUACAUUUUUAACUGUACAAAGUACUGUUUAUAUAUCCGAUAAAACUCAAGCAGGGCAGUUUAUAUUUGGCGUAACUGCGACAGACUUAGAUUCUGGAGAUUACGGGAAAAUCGCCUACCGUUUAAUAGGUGGUGAUAAAGAUAUGUUUAAAAUAGAUAAAAACACGGGCGUUAUCGAAUCAAUUCAUAAACUCAACAAUCAAAUGGAGUAUAAAAUCAAAAUCGAGGCUAGUGACAGUGGAGAAGAUCCAAAAACAGCGGAAUUUGAACUAACCAUAAUACUUUGGCCAGCCCGCGAUUUCCCUGUUGUACGUCUCGUUGGAUCUCAACAAAUAUCAUUAGUAGAAAAUUCAAGUACUGGAAGUGGAGUGUCACGGUUUACUGCAACCUCUCCAAAAACCGGACCUGAUGGUGUUCUUCGUUUCUCUAUAGCAGGAGGUAAUGUUGAUGAUACUUUUGAAGUAGAUCCUGAAAGUGGAGAAGUGAUCAUAGGAAAUAAAGGGGUCGAUCAUGAAAAAUCUAGUCAUUAUAAACUUUGGGUUGAAGCAUCCGAUUCAGACGAGCCGAAACUUAGAAGCGCAGUUUUGUUAACUAUUAACGUUACUGAUGAAAAUGACAACCCACCUGUUUUUGUACCUUUUUAUACAGUUUCAAUUCAAGAAGAAACAUUUCCCCCAACUCCGGUUAUCACAGUUGUUGCGACGGAUAAAGAUACAGGAAAAAAUAGCAUGUUAACGUAUAGAUUAGUAGACGACAUAAAUGGAAUAUUUAGCAUAGACAGCAUGUCUGGAGAAAUAGUUACAAAUACAAAAUUAGACAGGGAAACAGAUGAUCAUUAUAUUUUAACAAUAGAAGCAGUUGAUCAAGGACAUCCAUCGCUCACAGGGUCUGCAAUGGUACAUAUAACUGUAUUAGACAUUAACGAUAAUCCACCUAGGUUCACUCGUUUGUUUAGUGUUAACGUCACAGAGAAUACGGAAGUUGGUACAUAUGUUAUUGGAAUUACUAGUUCAGAUUUAGAUAUAGGUGUUAACGCUAAAGCUACAUACAGAUUUACUGAAAAUCCAGGAAAUAUGUUCAAAAUUGACUCUGAUACUGGGAAUGUCUACGUACAAUCUGCUUUAGACCGUGAAGUUCAAGACGAAUAUUUAUUAAACGUAAUUGCUGCUGAUGGAUCAUGGCAAGCUGAAACCCCAUUGACAAUUACAGUUCAAGAUGUAAACGAUAAUGCACCGGAGUUCGAAAGUUCAUAUUAUAAAUUUAACUUCCCGGAAUCACAAAAUAUUGGAGUAACUGUUGGGCGUGUAAUUGCAACUGAUAGAGAUAAACAAGGAUCAAAUUCUGUCGUUUCAUAUAACUUAAAGCAACCCUCUGAUGUCUUUGUCAUAGAUCCUAUUUAUGGAGAUAUAUUUACUAAACGUACUAUGAGAUAUAUACAUUCGGUUAAAGAUGUAUCACCGGAAAAUGAAUUUUCAUUAGUAGUCGUAGCUACAGACAAUGGAAAACCUCCUAUGUCAUCAGAAUGUUUAGUCACUAUCAACGUAAUUGAUUCUAACAACAAUGCUCCUAAAUUUGAAAAGAGCUUAUACUUUUCACCUGUUCCUACUACAUUAGAUAUUUGGUCACCAUUAAUUACUGUUACAGCAAUAGAUAAUGAUUCAGGAGUUAAUUCAGAAAUAGAAUAUUUUGUUUAUGGUGGAAAUUCUACGGAUAUAGUUAAAGUAGACAGACAUUCCGGUUUAAUAUCAUUGAAAAAAAAACUAACUGAUACUGAUUUAGAUAAAAAGUAUGAUUUAGUGAUCAGAGCAACAGAUCAUGGUGUACCUCCAAAACAAGACACAACUAUGGUCAGCAUUAUAGUAACUGGAGAAAAUAGCUAUUAUCCAGAAUUUUCUUCCUUCAGUUAUCAAGUAUUUGUACCAGAAAAUGAACCAGUCGGAACUAUAAUUUUAACAGUAAAAGCGACAGAUCAAGACGAGGGACCAAAUGGAAUAGUUCGAUAUACAUCUGAAAAUUUAUCCGAUAAAUUUGUUAUAAAUCCAGAAACUGGUGCAAUAACUAUUGCACAAGUUCUAGAUUAUGAACUCGCAAAAGAAUAUAAAAUAAACAUCACUGCCAUUGAUUCAGGAUUCGAACCUAAGAUGUCUAAAGCUAUUUUAUCUAUUGUACUCACCGAUAUCAACGAUAACCCACCAACAUUCAAUCAAACACAGUUUGAUGUAUUUAUUUUAGAAAACUCACCAUUGGGAACUUUUGUUUCUCAAAUUCUGGCCAAAGAUUUAGAUUCGCCGAAGAAUGCAAUAAUUAAUUAUUCAAUAACUGGAGGAACAGGUGAACAUUUGUUUUAUUGCAAUAAUACAUCAGGUGCAAUUUUCUCGAAAAGCAUAUUUGAUUUUGAACAAGAAAAAUCAUAUACACUCGAAAUUUUGGCAAUUAAUCCAGAUUCGUCACUAUCUGGAACAUCAAAAAUCAUUGUUCAUAUCGAAGGAGUUAACGAGUUUUAUCCAACGUUUAGCCAAUCAGUUUUUUAUUAUGAUGUACCUGAAUCCGCUGAAAUCGGAUCUAGUGUUGGUGUCGUUAAAGCUACAGAUCUAGAUGCUGGAUAUGAUGGAAAUGUGUACUAUUUAUUUGUAGGCUCGAGUAACGACAAAGGGUUUACUAUUGAUCGCAACACUGGUUUAUUAAAAGUAUCCCGACAUCUCGAUAGAGAAACUCAAAAUCGUAUAAUUCUUACAGUUUUGGCCAAAAACGAAGGAAGUAUUAAAGGAAACGACACUGACGAAGCCCAAGUAAUAAUAUCAAUUCAAGACGGAAACGAUCCUCCCGAAUUUGAUCAAGAAAACUACGAGUGCUUAGUUUCUGAAGGUACAAGACCUGGUGCAAAAAUAAUAACUGUCCAUGCCGUUGACAAAGACGCAUGGCCGCAAAACAAUCAAUUUGUUUAUUCUAUUCUAAAUAAUGUUACUAAACUAUUUCGGAUCGAUCCACAAAAUGGAACUAUUGAAACUGUUGGUCACUUUGAUAGAGAAACUGUGAAUUAUUAUGAAAUAUUAGUCGGUGCAGUAGAUACUGGGUCUCCCCCUCAAACAGGAAGUGCUGUUAUAAAAGUUAUGAUAACUGACGUAAAUGACAACGGACCUGUAUUAGCUCCAGAAAAUAGUGUGGGAUAUGUUUCCGAAAACGAACCAAUUAACACAAGUAUCAUGAUACUGUCAGCAACAGAUGCAGAUCAACCGCCCAAUGGAGCACCAUUCACUUAUAGAAUUGUCGGUGGACCACAUAGAGAAUUUGUGACCCUAGAUGAAUCAAAAGGACUCCUGAAAACCGCUCGACCAAUUGACCGAGAACAAACACCAAACCUUAAUAUUGUGAUAUCAAUCACGGAUAAUGGCUCUCCGCAAAUUACAACUGAAAAUUUACUGAACAUUAUAAUUUUAGAUCAGAAUGAUAGUCCAUCGAGUUCGCGUUCUGUUAACAUAGUUGUUUAUUCGCUCAAAAAUGAAUAUCCUGUUGGAAAAAUAGCAGAUGUUCAACCAACUGAUCCGGAUUCAACGGGAGACUAUAAAUGUUUCUUUGAAAUGCCAACUGAUGACUUUUCUAUUCCUAAAGCAUGUGAUUUACAUAUAAAUAGAAUAACAAAACCUGUAUCUGUUUUGCGAGUUUUUGGAAACGAUGGGAAGCACGACUCUGUUAUUAACGUAAUUAAAAUUGAUUAUCGAACAAUCGACAAGAACGUCAUAGAGGAUACCAUUUUCUCAAGAAUAAAUAACAUAACAGCAACUGAUUUUAUUUCCAAUUAUUAUUUGAAAUUUAUGGAUGUAUUGAAUUCCACAUUUGAAGAAAAUAAUCCAUUAUUAUACAGUAUUAGUGAAGUAAACUAUGGCGUAGAACUAGCAAUAUUUGUGAAAGGUUUAGGCAAAGAUCAAGUCAGUGAUAUAAUGAGACGAAAAUCACACCACUUUACACAAGCUUUGAAAUUAUCAAUUGUCGUAGAUUAUACUCCAUGCCACCAAAACUCAUGUGAAAAUAAUGGAAACUGCUCUACUUCUUUAUCGAUUUCUAAAGAACCUCAUGUAAUAAAUAGUCAAGACUUUAUUUUUACUUCGCCUACAAUUCUACAAGGAUUUGCAUGUGACUGUGCAGACGGGUAUGCUGGACGUAGGUGUGAUAAACGGCAAGAUCCUUGUGCUCCGAAUCCUUGCCAGUACGGUGGUACUUGCAGGCGGCAAGGAACUAGUUACCAAUGCUUCUGUCCUUCAAACAGAGAAGGUCCUGAAUGUGAAAUGGAACGUUAUGAUAAAUGUGACAUGAACCCUUGUAUGAAUGGUGGAAGUUGUAAACAGAUACAGGAUAACGUUGGAUAUUUCUGUUUAUGUAGACCAGGGUACCGUGGAAAUGUAUGCGAAUUUUCUGCAGAUUCGUGCCGUCCAAAUCCAUGUUUAAACGGAGGCUCUUGUGUUUCUCUCAAGCCCGGUUACAAAUGCAAUUGUCCUAAUGGUUUACACGGAAGACACUGUGAAAAAUCUUCGUUUGGUUUCAAUGAUUAUUCAUUUAUGUCGUUCUCUCCUCUAGACAGUAUAACAAAUGAUAUAACGCUUGUGUUUUCUACUACAAAAUCAGAUUCUUUAUUGCUGUACAAUUAUGGAACUCAAGUCGGCGGGCGUUCAGAUUUUAUUGCUAUUGAGUUAAUCGAAGGGAAAUGUGUAUUUUCAUAUGGUGGCGCUAGAAGUUCAAUUACAUCAAUUAUCGUUGGCAAAAGUGAUGGCUCCACAUUGGCAGAUGGCUCGUGGUAUAAAAUAACCGCAGUAAGAAACGGUAAAGUUCUGUCUUUGAGUGUUGCGUCGUGUGCUGACAAUGGAGACAACUGUGAGGAAUGCAGACCAUCUGAUAAAUCUUGCUACAGUGAUAAUACAGGAACUGUAGGGACUCUAAAUUUCAAUGGAAAUCAUUUACUUAUUGGUGGAGUAAUGUCUGUCGAUCCUUUAUUAGAAAGACCGGGACAAGUACAUUCGGACGACUUUGUGGGAUGUUUACAUAGUGUAUCAAUUAAUGGAUAUGCCCUAAACUUGAGUAGUCCAAUAUCUUCAAAAUAUGUUGACCCAUUCUGUAAUCGUCAAGGACAAUGUUCCUCUCAAUCGUCAUUGUUAUGUGGUGAAGGAUCUACGUGUCUAGAACGAUGGACUUCCAUUAUGUGCAAGUGCCAAGAAAACGAUAUACUAUCACCAAAUUGUAAUCAAGCUUUCAGACCAGUGUCACUAGCUGAUGGUGCAUUCCUAGAAUAUAAGAUUACAGAGAAACAUAGACGUAUGCAUUUAUUAGAGUCUAUAUACAAUGGUACAACUGUUUGGCGCCAACAACAAUUUAGGACAAAAAGAAAUACUUUUGUUGUAACGCCUGUUAAGGAACUAGGUCUAAUGUUUAGAACAAUGAAAUCAAAUUCUACUAUACUUUUGGCGGCGUCAAAUACUGAUUUCACCCUAGUAAAGUUGACACAUGGCAAGUUAUUUUAUACUUCAUACCUGAGUACAUCAACAUCGACAGUGAAUAUGACCGUAGAAAAUCAUUUAGAUGAUGGAAACUGGCAUAAUCUAACAAUGACAAUUGGAGCUAAAAGUUUGAAAAUAUUUUUGGAUGGAAAUAAAGUCGGCGAAGAGUUGGAUUCAGCUAGUGUUCACGACUUUAUGGAUCCAUACCUGACCAAAUUAUACCUAGGGGGUAUCGAUCACGAAUAUUUUUCAGGAAGAAUUGAAGCUUAUAGCUUCACAGGAUGCUUUUCUAAUUUCACAAUUAAUAAAGAACUUCAACCUUUCAACGGCAGUGGAAGCAUAUUACCUGAUGUUUAUCAUUCCGGACAAAUGUCUUUUGAUUGUGAUUUGGCUGGUCUAACCGCGGUCGGUGUAGUAGUCACAGAUCCAUUAAGUCUUGGAAUCACUCUAGUUAUAGUAUUUUUUGUCAUACUAUUGAUGGCUAUAACAGUCAGUUAUGUAGUCUUUAAAAUUCGAAAACACACAAAGGGCGACAAGGAUUCUGAUAGCGGCAAAGAUAAUUUUCAACGAGGCCUUCAUUCCGAAUCACCUGCCUUAAACGCUAUUCCAGUGUCUUCCUUCAUAACUGAAACUGGAGACGUUAUAAGACAUCACAUGAUGCCACCGGAAUUACUUUCUAAGCGUUACAAAGAUCAGGAUCUAGGAAUGAGUGAUACUCAUAAUAGACCACAUAGACCAGAUAUCAUUGAAAGAGAAGUUGUUGGAAAAUCUCCACCUCCUCAAAGAGAUGAUCUCAAUCAACAUAUGAAAAAUAUGCUCCAUCAUGACAGUGCAACCGCGGAUCAUGAUCUUCCUGAACAUUAUGAUCUAGAAAACGCCAGCUCUAUCGCUCCGUCUGAUAUAGAUAUCGUUUAUCAUUACAAAAGUUACCGAGAUGGCAGUAAUUUAAGGAAGAUGAAAACUCAUUUGGGUGUUGGGUUGCCGACAAGCAUGUACCAUAAGCAGAUGCGACACUCCGGUGGUUUCCAAUCGCCACAUUCUAGAGACAGUCGAUCAGCUGUACCACCUCCUCCACCGCCAUUGGAAUCCUCUAACCAUAUGCAACACCAAAGCACUCCAUUAGCGAGACUUAGUCCUAGCAGUGAAUUAAGUCAACAGUUACCUAGGAUCUUAACGUUAAGGGACAUUAGCGGUAAGCCUUUGCAGACGGCGCUGCUGGCUACAUCGUCGUCCGGAGUGGUGAGCAAAGACUGUCCUAUGCAUAGUAACAGCGAGCGGAGCCUUAACAGUCCGGUGAUGAGCGGGCACAGUCUGAGUGGAAGCGGUCUGUCUGGUGGCGGCGUGCCUAGUCGUUCACAGGUGUUGUCGUCACACGGCGACCGCCGUCCUUCCAGUCUUGUGAGCACGGUGGACGCGGUGUCCAACUCUAGCGGACGGCCGCCCAACAUGGUCGUACCGCAGGGCGGCCGAGAAGACGAUGACGAUGACGACACGGACAGUACGACGUCGUCAGACGAAAGCGGCAAUGACUCUUUCACGUGCUCAGAAAUCGAAUACGACAACAACAGCGUGUCCGGCGAAAAGCUCAGCGACGUGAUAUUCAACAAAAUCAAAAGUCCAAAUUCGGACAAAGACUCUCGGGGUCGGCCAGGUUCUAUAAUAGAUCAACAGCAGCAACAGCAACAUCAACAGCACCACGCGUUGCAGCAACAACAACAACAACAACAGCAACAACAGCAGCAGGCCGUGGUCGGAUACGACACGUUUGACUCUUCGUUUCGCGGCUCGUUGAGCACGUUGGUAGCGUCUGAUGAUGACGGGCCAAUGUACAGAAAUCAAAAUAACCCAUCAGAGUCGUCCAGCAUACCGGUGGGUUUGGGUUGGGACUAUUUGCUCAACUGGUCGCCGAACAUGAGGCCCAUGCAGCCACCGUACGACGACAACGACCGGUCGGACACGGGUGGCCGGCAGAUGAGGAGCGGCGCCGGUUCGCGGUCGUCCACCAAAUCGCCAGAAGAGUAUGUGUGACGUUGACGCGACCGCCGAAACUACGGAUAUUUUCCAUUGGUGCUAGUCUUUAAUUAUUAUUAUGUUUUAUUGUCUUAGCCUCUACCGAGGAUUUUGUGUAAUGAGAAGUGUUAAUUUAAAAAUUUGUGAAUAGAUUUUAUUUAAUAGAAUUGCGAGAUAUUGUCAAAAACGUGUAAAUAAAAUCAAACUUUUUUUUUUUUUGUAAUUAAAAUGUAUACACUGUACAAGUCGACUUAAAGAUAUUAUAUUUUGUAUUAUAUUUGUGCCAUAUAGUUGUAAGUAUG